UAGUUCUCUUUCACUUAAAUAGCCCAAAAAUAAUAUUCAGUGCAGUGCCACCAGAAGCUUCCUAAUUAAAAACUAUAGGACCCUUCUGUGCGAUUUAAUUCUAGUGUAAAGACAGCAGAUCAUUAAUAGUCUCACAGAUUUAAUUAAAAAAAAAACAUAAUUAAGAAAACAGAACAUUUAUUUUUGCUCUCUAACUGAACACACAGGGUCAUAUCUUUUAAAAAAAAUAACAUAUUUAUGACUGGCACCGUUCAAAUUCAACAGCAAAAAGCUUACACAAAAGCACGACAUUUUAGAUAAUUAACUAAAACUUUGCAGAGAAGUGAACGUCAGUUGAGCUGCUGUCCAUGGUGCUGAAACUCUUCUGCACUCCAUAUUUUGAACGGGCUGUAUUCUUUCUAAAUUGAGCCAAUAAAGCGGUUCAAAGUAUCGCGAGAGGAGGAAAGAAAUGUUAGAUUUAUACAUGAUCUGCGUAUUCAUGUGGAGUGGGACUGCUUUUUAAAUGAAAAUGCCGGGAUGUGGCGUGGACAAGCUUUUCAGAUCAUGACGACAACGAGCCAGUUCUCACAUGAUUAGAUGGUCCUCCGAAAAAAAAAAAAAACACCUGAGAGGGAGGAAGGAGGGCUCCAUUCCAAGGGAGGCAGCGGAGAGGCACCGAGGACUCCGCCUUUACCGCCCUAACGUCCAAGCACCAGUCCGGGGUGGGGAAGAGGGAAGAGACACGCCGCAGGCCUGACGAAGAGAUUCGAAACGCGAGCGUGAGGAGAGACUAAACAAAAAAGAAGAAGAAGAAAGAAAGAAAUACGGAGAUGGGCUCGCCGUGAAGGAAUAAAGACAGGGAGGUUGGGGAAACACCCAGAGGGGGCGCAACACAAAAGCACAACUCGAGGUGCCUGCAACCAUGAGCGGCUGCUCGCCUAAGCCGCGGCUGCCGCUGCUGCUUCGCCCGGGGAACACGUCGUGAGGGGCGCCUCGGGAACCUGUUAGCCGAAACGACACGCCGACGAGAACCAGGAGGAGGUGGUGGAGGUGGGGUGGUGGUGGUCGAAAAGAUGUCCGCCUCGGUGGGGCCCCACGGCGGCCCUCGCCCACCCACCGUGCCGCCGUCCAUGCCGGAUCUGCCGGACCUUAGCCACCUCACCGAGGAGGAGCGCAAGAUCAUCAUGGACGUGAUGGCUCGGCAGAAGAAAGAGGAAGAGAAAGAACAAGAAAUGCUGAAGACACUGCACCAGCAGUUUGAGAGCUACAAACAGGAAGUGCGUCGCAUCGGGGUCGAGACGCGACGUCAGCAAAUGCAGCAGAAGGACGACGCUCCCACCUGCGGCAUUUGCCGCAAGACCAAGUUCGCUGAUGGUUGUGGCCAUCUCUGCUCAUACUGCCAGACCAAAUUCUGCGCUCGCUGUGGGGGGCGGGUAUCUUUGCGCUCCAACAAUUGUCUCAUAGUGAAGGACAGGGUAAUGUGGGUUUGCAACCUGUGCCGUAAACAACAGGAGAUUCUCACCAAAUCAGGAGAAUGGUUUUCGGGGUCAGGAGCGCGGCCCGGGAGCCUGGGCACCUCCUUGAAAGACCCGGCCACAAGAGGUGAGGGUCAGCGUGACAGGAAGCUUCUCCGCUCCAGAUCGCAAGCUCCUCCCUCCAGCACAAACACAGGGCUGCUGGACGGGACACAGCUGCCCGCCGGAGUCCUCCCAGCCAAGGCUGGUGACACCAUGCCUGGCUCUCGCUCCCAAAGUGAACCACCAAAAGAAAAAAAAAGGCCAGUAUCUCUUCAUGAGCAAAACGGUAGGGGAGGGAUGGGACGGGGCAGUGGUCGCAGACCUUCUGGCAAGCUUCAGUCUCAGUCAUCCCUGGAUGAUCGUGUGAGCACUGGAGACAGAGAAAGACGGUUUGGAGAAGGACGGCGACUGGAGAAGAUACAUUCUCAAGAUUAUGAGGAUGGAGAGGAGAACUUGAGGCAUUCAGGGAUGCACCGCCGACAUCCGGAGGAUGAGGAACAGAGGGAGAGGCAGCGCCGUGAAGAAGAGUUCCAAAAUCGUUAUCGGAGUGACCCCAACCUGGCAAGGUAUCCUGUAAAACCACAAAAAGAGGAGCAGGAGAUGCGAAUGCACGCAAAGGUGUCCAAAGUACGGCACGAGCGACGGCACAGUGAUCUCGCGAUCAAUGAGGUUGGGUUGGGACCAGGUGAAGGAGGUGGUGGAGGAGGUCAUGUACCUCCAAACCGUCUGACCAGGAGGGGUGGAGGUGGUGAAGGAGAGCGCAAAGGCCUCAAUGAGAACCACCGAGCCUUUCCUGUUGACAGGACCGCGGGGAUGGGAGGAGGACCACCACCUCCAGGAGGUGGAGGGAAAUCAGGGCCUCAGACUGGAGGGCUGGUGUCUAAUGAUCAGGGCUCAAACAACUCCCGUCCAGAGACUGGCACAACAAGGGACAAGGGUGGGGACCACCUGCUGAGGAAAGACUCGCAGAGCUCAGACCAGUCUGAUUCUUUGCGGCCGCCCCCUCCUCGGUCAUACAAAGGCAAGCGCGGAAUCAACAAGAGACAGAUGUCCAUCAGCAGCUCAGAAGAGGAGGGCGGUUCCACGCCCGAGUACACCAGCUGUGACGACGUGGACAUGGAAAGCGUCAGCGAGAAAGGAGAUUUGGACUGUCAUCCUUUAGAUCCUACAGUAUGGCAUCAUCCGGUUACGUGGCAGCCGUCCAAAGAGGGUGACCACCUGAUUGGACGCAUCACAUUAAGCAAGAGGUCGGCCAUGCCCCGCGAGGCCGGCUCCCUACUGGGCCUCAAAGUUGUAGGAGGAAAGAUUACAGAGUCUGGAAGACUUGGGGCCUUUAUCACCAAAGUCAAAAAAGGCAGCUUGGCAGAUGUUGUGGGACAUCUACGUGCAGGUGACGAGGUCUUACAGUGGAAUGGGAAGUCAUUGCCAGGAGCAACCAAGAAAGAAGUGUACAACAUCAUUCUUGAAUCCAAAGCUGAACCUCAAGUGGAGAUUGUAGUCUCAAGGCCAAUAGGAGACAUCCCAAGAAUCCCAGGGUCCCCACACCCUCCACUAGAGUCCACUGGCUCCAGUUCUUUUGAGUCACAGAAGAUGGAUCGUCCCUCUAUAUCGGUGAUGUCCCCCACCAGUCCUGGCACCCUUCGAGACCUUCCACUUGUGCUGCCUGGACAGCUUUCUGUAAAGCUGUGGUACGACAAAGUGGGUCACCAGUUGAUUGUCAACGUCCUUCAAGCCAUAGACCUGCCACCUCGACCAGACGGCCGACCUCGAAACCCAUAUGUCAAAAUGUACUUCCUGCCGGAUCGGAGUGACAAGAGUAAACGACGGACUAAAACGGUGAAGAAGAGCUCUGAGCCCAAGUGGAACCAGACUUUCAUUUAUUCCCAUGUUCACCGGCGGGACUUCAGAGAGCGAAUGCUGGAAAUCACUGUCUGGGAUCAGCCCAGAGUGCAGGAGGAAGAGAGCGAAUUUCUGGGCGAGAUCCUAAUAGAGCUUGAGACAGCCUUAUUGGACGACACCCCCCACUGGUACAAACUCCAGACUCAUGACGUGUCCUCCAUACCUCUGCCUCAGCCCUCUCCAUACCUUCCGCGCCGACACGUCCAUGGAGACAGUCCGAGCAAGAAACUACAGAGGUCUCAUCGCAUCAUUGAUUCAGAGUUUGAUGAUGGUUUGAUAGGUGGGACUAAAGGCGGAGAGCGAAACUCCCGUGAGAGAGAUCGGAGCAGCACGUUGGCUGUCCCCGAUCAGCAGCGCCCCAUCCAGCACCGCUCCCGCUCCGUGUCUCCUCACAGAGAGGACACCUGCAGGGCUCGGUCUCGGCCCCCACACGUUCCCAUGCAAAGGAGUUUGGAUGAGAUUCACCAAAACCGCAACCACUCACGUUCCCCGACACACUACCACGAGUCCGACCUGGAGCACCAGCGCUCCGGCGACUCAGACUACGAGUAUUCAGAGGACAGUGAGGUCCUGGAGAUGAACAGAUCAAUUCGAGGCGGGAGUGCAGAGUGCCUACAUACCAACAGGAGCAUAGAUAGAUACAGCAACACGCUUCCCCCAAAAAUGCCCCUUUUAGUAAAUGGUAUCCAUAAAGACAUUUACAGCGACCUGCAGCCAUCCCUGGACAGAGUGAGGAGUGCCAGCACCACAUGUCUGAGACCAGACACCAACUUUCACUCCUCUGACAGAGACAGAACACACCCACACGGCAGCCCUUCUCCUCCAACUGUGUUAUCCGGUCGAAGGGGUCGUCAGCUUCCACAGCUCCCUGCGAAGAGCAGCAGUAUAGAGCACGCCCUGGCAGUGGAGGAGCGAGCCCGACAGCUGCCAAUGAAAGUACAUUCCUACCGGCCUUCAGCCUCCCACAACUCUCAAACAGACCUCAAGACCAAACGGGAGAUGUACGCAGAGCAGAGGCGCAGCAGUGACAAUAUGUCGGCGAGAUCUUCGGACAGCGACAUGAGCGACGUGUCGGCUCUCUCCCGUGCCAGCAGUGCCUCUCGUCUCAGUAGCACCAGUUACAUGUCUAUACAGUCAGAGCGGCCUGGAGGACGGCUCAGUCGGCAAAUGCGAUCGAUGGGUCGGAACAUGAUGAAGAGCUCCAGUGUGAGUGGUGAGAUCUACACGCAGGAGCGCACAGAUGGCAGCCAAUCAGACACCGCUUUGGGCACCGUGAGCGGUGGCAGCAAGAAGAGACGCUCCAGCAUCAGCGCUCGCUUCGUGGCCAUCGUUGGCAAGAACCGCAGCCGCAGCACCUCACAGAUCAACGACCCUGGUGAGUCGCACAUGCAAACUGAGAAGGGCAUCCAGAGGAGCACAGAGACGGGCAUGGCCGUGGAGCUUUCCAGGAACAUGAGCCGCCAGCCCAGCAGGGAGUCGAACAACGGCAGCAUGAACAGCUGCAACUCUGAGGGAAAUUUAAAUCUGGGUGCAAGCAGCCAGUUCAGCGAUUUCCUGGAUGGACUGGGACCAGCACAGUUGGUGGGCAGACAAACUCUGGCUACUCCUGCCAUAGGUGACAUUCAGAUUGGAAUGAUAGAGAAAAAAGGGCAGCUGGAGGUGGAGGUCAUCAGAGCUCGAGGACUCGUACAAAAGCCAGGAUCCAAAUCUCACAUCCCUGCUCCAUAUGUCAAAGUCUACCUUCUGAAUAAUGGAGCAUAUGUAGCCAAAAAGAAGACUAAGAUUGCACGGAAAACACUUGACCCCCUGUACCAGCAAGCACUGCUGUUUGAGGAGAGCCCACAGGGAAAAGUCCUACAGGUUAUCGUUUGGGGUGACUACGGCAGGAUGGACCAUAAAAGCUUCAUGGGAGUUGCACAGAUCCUGCUGGAUGAGUUAGACUUGUCAAACACAGUCAUUGGUUGGUACAAGCUGUUCCCUCCGUCCUCUUUGGUCGAUCCGACGCUGGCAUCCCUGACACGGAGAGCCUCCCAAUCAUCUCUUGACAGCUCCUCGGGACCGCCUGGCGUUCGAACCUAGUGGAGCAACAGCGCUACACUAUCCCAAGUAGGAAAGGGGGAAAAAACUUAAGAAAAGAAGCUGAAGAGAGAGGCCCAUACAAUAGUAGGUAGAAACAUAGAACAACAACAAUCAGAAACGGUCACAGCGAGAAAGCUUUGUUGAAAUCUGACAAUCACUCCUGCCGCAGUUAUUUUCGCCUGUUGUAAGGAGCGUCAUAUUUCGGUGUUUCGUUUCCAUUCAAAGAAAAAUCUCAUGGUUUAUCUCUUGUUCUCCAGUCGGAAUAUGAUUGCUAUGAGUGUCAGUGAAUCAAAAAGAAACAGGGUGGUUUUUAACUGAAUCAACCUAGCAAAGAAAUGUACGUAAGCAUUGGAAUGUAUGGCCUCUUGACAAGAGGUAAAAUCCCUUCGCUGACUGCAGGGGGCGCAGUCCUUUCUGCAGUGGCCUCCUCCAGAAGCCCAUCAGACUGCCGGUAUUCCUGCUCUCUCUCCCCAUCAGGAUGCCGCCCUGCCCUCCCCCGCAUGGGUGUUCAGUCUGGAAGCACAGGGCCUUCUUCUGGUGCCUCGAUCACUGGUCCCUUUCUUUGUCAAGAUGUUCUCUUUUCAACAUGUUUACCAUGGCUACUCUGGGGCCAUAGUCUUUUAAGAGUGAAUUGUGGCGUUCCUUUCUUUCCUUUUGUUACUACAGGCACAAAAUGUUUUUGCAGUGUGCAAAAUGUUCAUGAUAUGUGGUCAGUCUGAAGUGUGCAUGAUGAAAACAAGAGAUUUUAUAAGGACACAAAAUUUAGUCUGCGGCUCUUCUCCGGGAUGAUGGGUAAUAAUAAUACAGAUGGUCCACCAUCUUGCCUCUGUGCUUUCACUGAGUUCACCUGAAAAUAUCCUGGGUGGAACAAUGGAGAUCUUGCUGCACAUAGGAAAGCCUCAUUUGUCAAAUGCUGAAAUAAAUUUGUGUGCAGAAAUUGUUGCAGAAGAAGUCCCACGUGUGACCACGUGGCUGGAGACCAUCAUUUAUAUACCACACUCAUACUUAUUCAACUUUUUAUUCAUCUCAGUUACAGAAUGCAAUAAACAGAAAUCGUCAAAUCUAAAUUUCUAUGGUUUUAAAGUUACAGCCUCAGAAAAGGGAUGAUAAACCAUGAAAAAAUAGAUUUCUGCAAAUGUUGUCAAGCAUUUUCAGUUUAAUUAUUCUUUCCAAACAAAAAUAUUUAACAAUCAUCUAUUAGACAUGCUGCAUGUGGUCCACUGUGCUAUAAACAGCCCUUUGACCUGUAUCAGUUCAUCACAUGGCAGAGCACCACACUAAACCCGACUGUCCAGCGCAGUAUUGUUCAGAGCUUCACAGGCUAAAAUGAAUUCCCUCACUUUCUUGUACAUGUAUUGCAGAGAUCCUCUUGCAAACCAACCUCUCCUUAAGAAGCUCAAAGUAUCCCUCACAGAGGCUCAUGUCUUUUUGUUUACAAUGUAUUUUAGCAUAUUUUAGGAGAAGAAAUGCAGAACUACAGACAGGAGAGUCCUGCAAAAUCUGGCAUUUAUUCCCCUAAAUCCUCUCCUUUCUUGGAGAUGCAGCAAAUCUCCUAGUGAUCCUCUAAGAGUGUUACCAAGCAACUGAGCCGAGAAUGGAGGCAAAUUGAUGGACCGAAGCAGUGACAUGUCAGAUUUUUACACCCAAUGAUGAGAUCAAUGUUCAACUACUUGUCUUUGAUUAAUUGUGUUGUAGGCCUCCCAGGGGGUUGACAAAUAAAUAAAGAUUAUGUCAUUUUGAAAUGUGGAAGGGAGAUAGUAUCACUGUCAGAUAAAAAUAAAUAAAUGCUGUUGUUCACCUAUGCCAGAGCUGGAUUGGACCAUGUAACUUCACAUUUUUGAGGGAGUGCCUUCCCUCACCCCAGCACGUUAAAGGUUUUUAUUCAAACCUGAGUUUAUCUUGUUUUUAAUACAAGCACAAGAGCUUGAUUUUUUACUAGAAAAAGUUUAACUUUUCAACAAAAAAAACAUGUAGUUAUGAAAAAGGAAAAAAAAAAAAAAAAAAAAAAAAGCAACAAUCCCGUUGGUUCGGGUUACUUAUUUUGUCUUGAACCAGAAAAGAAGAAUAGAUGCAUGAGUUUCCUCAUGCAUCUAUGUGAAUAUGAAAGUCGGGACACCAACACUCAUAUGCCAGUCUGUCUGCAGACGCCUCCCGCCACCACGUGGGGCGGAGCCGGCAUGACUUGGGAAUGCAUUCCAAGCUGCAUGCACUUCUUUUUGUUUUCUUUUACUUUUUUUUUUUACCUUUUUUUUUUUUGUAAAACCGAUACAGAAAAAAAAAACAAACACUGACCUUGAUGCGUGUUAGUUCCACGUACUGUAGGGCCGCUUGUAUGUUGCAUGCAGUUGUGCAGUUUGCUCGUACUUGAAUAUUAAAGAGAUAAAAACCAAGAAGCCAUUCCCAUAUCGCAAAAGACAUUUGAGCUCAGCUGGAGUCUGUUCCACGUCCCUCUGUCUGGUGCUGAAUGUCUCUCAAACUGAAACCGGAGAUUAUGCUGAUGUCUUUCCCUGAUCCUCUAGAAGAUGUACUGUACUGUACAGUCAUACUGAGCAGAGCUCACAGCCCCUCUUACUAUUAUUAUUCCACUUCACAGUAUACCUCACAAGGGGCUGAGGUGAUGUAUGAAUAAAUAUGUACAAAUAACAUCAAACUAUAUGGAAAUAAUUAUGUUUUAAAAUAAUUUCAGAUAUGGUGACACAUGGGCUUUUAAGUUAUACAGCGUAUAAACAGAGAAUCAUAUUAUUCAACAGCCGACUAUCGAUUACUGUACAAGGGGCCAAGUCAUUUAAGUGGUAAUAAUUACAUACAAUUAGGGACCACGCAGAUGGACGCAUCAAGGUAACGGGUUACAAGGUGUUAUACAGUCUGAACACUGAAACCGAAAGGGCCAAGUUCAAUCCCUCUUCGCAAGCGUUUUCUUUGCAUCGUCUGGUGAAGUCCACCUCCGGUCCCCCAUCACCUUUGUUUUUGUCAGUAUUAACAGGAGAAAAAAAAAUUGCUAAUUGUUUACAAUCUUCUGUAUUCCACUGAAGCAAUGAGAAAAUUAGAGAAUAGUAAAGCAUUCACUGCAACAAUUAUUGUUUGUAUAACAGAUGUGGCUCAAAUGAUGUGUAUGUUUUAUAUAUAUAUAUAUAAAAAAAAUUCAUUUUUAUUAUUUACAAAUAAAAAAACGAAUGUGUGGAAGAA